CAAAACCAUUAAAAUGCAUACAAGAAUAUUCUUAACAGCUUUACUCACAGCUUUAUUUGUUGCGACAAGUGAAGCUGAUUAUAUUCGUGUUAAACGAAUCAUUAAUGGAACCUUAGCACCUUCUGUCCCAUGGGCCGCUAGAUUAAUUACCAGUAAUUCGGGGUAUAUGAUCUACAGCCAGUGUGGAGGAAGUUUAAUCAAUGCACAAUGGGUGUUAACGGCCAAACAUUGUCUCAUUAAUCCAGACGGCACUGAUUCUGGGGUAAAACAAAUAGCAGUUGGCAACAAUAACUAUGCACGAGGAAAACUUCGAAGAGUUGCUGCAAAAUAUUUCGUUAGUCACACAAAAUUCCAAUAUUUAGCUGAUGAUAUCGCUUUAAUCAAAUUAGAUCGUCCAGUUUAUGGCGUAACACCAGUUAAAAUUCAAUUACAAAACAAUUUAGAUUAUGGCGGUAUGUGGGCAACAAUUUAUGGUUGGGGUCAUACAGUCGAAGGCGCAGGACAUGAUGAUAGUUCAACAGUUGAUUUACGUGCAACAUCAGUGAUUUUAGUUGAUCGUAGAUAUUGUGAACCAAAUAAAAUUUGUUUUGAUCCAAAUCUUACCCGUACAAAUGCCUGUGUUGGAGAUAGUGGUGGUCCAAUGGUUUAUAAUUAUAAUAAUGAACAAGUACUGCUCGGUGUUACGUCCACAGUUUCGGCACAACCUUUGUGUUCUGGCGCUAUUCUAACUGGAUAUAUGAGUGUACCAUAUUAUGCUAAUUGGAUUCGAAGUACCAUUCGAAAUUAUUGAAAGAUGGUAUUAUUGUUUCUAAUAUUUUUAAUUAUUUU